UUCUAUUUCAAAUACGACCGAGUAAAAGUGACAUUUUUAGCUACACAGUUAUAAAGACUGUCACGUAAAGUUUUCAGCAAACGUUACCAGUAGACAUUCCGAUAUUUAUCAUUGGUAAUCUUUUUCUUUUUUUUUAAAUCACAAAAGUGAUCGGUAAUUUUUUUUCAAAGUAACAGCAUUGACAAUUCGGAACUCGUCCAGAAGGCACUUAAUCCAUCCCUGCGCUCCAAAGAAGGGGAGGAAAAUGACGCGCCAGUACCGCAAAACCACAUUCCUGGACCAAUCAAGCGGUCCCCGUAGGAUUCUUUUAACCCACGACCAACGCGAAAUCUGUCCAGUGACGUCACGGCACUACCAACCAAUGAGGCGCAUAGUGGGCUGGACUGGAUGGUACUGUCCGCGAGGGAGCGUUAGUUAGUGCGAUUUGUUUGUUGUCAUCAAGAUGGAGUUUUUAUUGGGGAAUCCGUAUAGUACUCCUGUGGGGCACUGCAUAGAAAAGGCUACAGAUGGCUCCUUGCAGAGUGAAGACUGGACCCUCAAUAUGGAGAUUUGUGAUAUCAUCAAUGAAACUGAGGAGGGUCCCAAGGAUGCCAUACGGGCUCUGAAGAAGAGGCUGAAUGGAAACAGGAACUACCGGGAGGUGAUGUUCGCUCUGACAGUCCUGGAAACAUGCGUAAAAAACUGCGGCCACCGUUUCCAUGCGCUUGUCACAAGUCGGGACUUCGUCGAUGGUGUCCUGGUUAAAAUAAUCUCUCCAAAAAACAACCCUCCCUCUAUAGUCCAAGACAAAGUGCUGGCAUUGAUCCAGGCUUGGGCUGAUGCUUUCAGGAGCAGCCCGGAACUCACGGGCGUGGUGCACACUUAUGAGGAGUUGAAGAGGAAGGGGGUUGAGUUCCCCAGUGCAGACCUGGAGGCCCUGUCUCCCAUCCACACCCCGCAGCGGCUGUGUGGCUUGCAGCAGGUCUCUGAUGGGGACCAGUCCACCCACAAGUACAGCACCUCUUCACAGCCCACCACGGCCACAGCCCCUCCCUACUCAGCACCGCAGAUGCCAAGUUUAGAGGUUGCUGGACCCAUUUGUCCCACCUCGGAACAGAUCACCAGGCUGCGCAGUGAGCUGGACAUUGUGCGAGGAAAUGCCAAGGUGAUGUCUGAGAUGCUAACAGAGAUGGUACCCGGACAGGAGGACCCCUCAGACCACGACCUUCUGCAGGAGCUGAACCGCACCUGCAGAGCCAUGCAGCAAAGGAUUGUGGAGCUCAUUUCACGCGUCUCCAAUGAGGCUGUUACGGAGGAGUUGCUGCAUGUUAACGAUGACCUCAACAACAUCUUCUUGCGAUACGAAAGGUAUGAGAGGUACCGGACAGGCAGGACAGCUCAGAAUGGCAAAAAUGGGCUGAGGCAGGUCCUCAGCGAGGCUACUGAAGACAACCUGAUCGACCUGGGGCCGGGCUCCCCGGCAGUGGUCAGCCCCAGGGUGAGCGCGGUACCCCCUGCCUCGGUGGCGCCCCCUGCCUCGGUGGCGCCCCCUGCCUCUGUGGCGCCCCCUGCCUCUGUGGGGCCCCCUGCCUCUGUGGCGCCCCCUGCCUCGGUGGCACCCCCUGCCUCGGCGUCGCCCUCCCUCUCUACACAGCUUGCUGGACUCGAUAUGGGAGCAGACAGUGUAAGCGGAACUUUGAGCUCCAUUCCAAGUUAUAACCCGCAGGAUGACUUUGAUGUGUUUGCUCAGACAAGGACUGGCACCCUUCCACAGCAACAUAAAAACAGUACAGAAGUUGAAGAUACUCAGGUGUCCGCUGGGGACAUCAGAUCUCAGAGCGCCGAAGGGCGGAGGUUGAAAGGGGGUAACGCAGACAUGGAGCCAAUAGACAGCUGGCUCAUUACCCAAGGAAUGAUCCCCGUUGCUCAGUCCUCUGUCAUGGAUGACAUAGAGGAGUGGCUCUGUGCUGAUGUGAAGGGCAAUGAAGCAGAAGGAGUCACGAGUGAAGAGUUUGACAAGUUUCUAGAGGAGCGGGCCAAAGCUGCCGAGAUGAUGCCUAGCUUACCGACGCCUUCCGCUGGAGAUCCUGCCCCUCCUGCUCACAUGACCGGCGGUGGGCGUAAAAAAACGGGGGUGCACGAAGACACCCUCUUUGCUGUGUAACAUACCCAGAGUGAAGCAUCAGCCUACCAGCGGACUGGCCUGGCCCAGCUUUGGUGUUCAGUCAACACCGUAGCUCUGCUGCCCCCUACAGCACGACCUCUUCAAAUCUUAGCAGGUCACUGCAUCCUCACAGGUACUCGAGGGAGUGCUUUUCAGCAUAUCUUCCAGUUUCCCUUUUUGCCAUAUUGCAACCCAGCUUUUACAGACCCUUUCCCUUCCAUUGCCUGCAAAAUCUUAGUGAAAUAGGGUUGUAAGUGUUCUAUACUCCGGUAUUUUUUUUUUUUAAAUUACCGGGGAAUUUUGCUUUUAUGCUGGGUUACUAUUUUGUUUAGUUUAAUUUUCAGUACUUAUGUACCUGGAGUUACAGAAGGGCAUAGGGGUACUUACAGAAGGGACUUCACCUGCAUCUACAGUCUGUAUAGUUUACUUAUUUGCGUCUUGAUUUCUGUGUUGUAGUCUGAAUGCACCCACAUGCAUUGUGUUUGCAUGUGUUGGGAACACUGAAAAGGGAACAUAAAAAAUAAAAAUAUAUAUCAUAAAUAUCUUUUUUGCCUAUUGAGAACAUUACUGUAAAUACCAGUAGAUACUCCCUUCAGAUAAAAGUCUGUACUUGUAUGUCCUGAAGUCUGACUUUUCUAAUCAAAUAUUUUAGAUUGUUUACACUCAACCAGGGAAGUUUGCCAGCCCAGAACAUAGUUAAGCGAUUCUCUCAUUUCUUGGUCUGAACUUCUUUGGAAAUGUGAUGAAAACACUAAAGGGGCAGAUGCAGAUUUGCAUGCUGCAGUUCAUCAAGCGAUCUAUUGCUUAGAUAUUAUUGUCAUUGUAUUGGUGCAUACAUUUGUGAUGGGUUUCAUGACAGAUUAAAAAUGUUUUAACAGAAUUGGAAUUGAUAUCUGGAUUCUGUUGCCGUUAUAGUCGCAUACAUAACUGACAAUGCAUUAUUUAUUUAAAUAAUCUUAUAGAAGUGUUAUUUAACAAGAUGAAAUUCAAAAUGUCUUUCCUGUGGUCCAUGUUUAUCUUUGCUAAAACACAGCAGUUCAACCUGCCUUAUUAAAAAGAUGAGUGCUAUAA